UGACCAUAAAACUUUAUUGACUUAAUUGGGAUUGUUGCGUCAUCACAAGAGUCUCAAAUUCUAAACGAGGACCGCUUACCGUCUCGUCUUCUCUUUCUCUGCGGCAGCCAAAGGCUUUGAAUGGCGAACAAUCCGUCGCAGCUACUCCCCUCAGAGUUGAUCGACCGGUGCAUAGGGUCGAAGAUAUGGGUGAUCAUGAAGGGCGACAAGGAGCUCGUCGGAACUCUCAGGGGUUUCGAUGUCUACGUCAACAUGGUUCUUGAAGACGUCACUGAAUACGAGAUUACUGCCGAAGGAAGAAGGAUAACCAAGCUUGAUCAGAUUUUACUCAACGGAAACAACAUUGCCAUUCUGGUCCCAGGUGGCUCCCCUGAAUCAGAGUAAUAGAGCAAGGAAAGUCAACAAUCUAGCAGUUGAAGUUUUGCCAUGGAGACCCAGCUUUUUGUUGUUGCUAGGUGACAUGGUUGUAGGACGUGUUAGGGAACUUGUAUGAUGGAUGGGUUAUGUUUCUUCUGAAUUCUAGUUGCUCUGAGUGGUUUAAAUGCACUGAUAAUGUAAUUUGGAUAUAAACUUUAAUUUUUCUGAUGUGUAAUGGAAGUUUAACGGUUCAGUUGCACUAAUAUAUGCUCAUUGUAGACUGAA